AUGCGGUCUGUAGGGUUUGUGGCUGCGAUCGUGGGCUUGGGCUCCCUUGCCCUCCAGCCAUCGCUCGUCAGCGCAAGCGGUGAAACAGUGAUUCACGAGAAAGGCCGCUGCGCUAUUCGCGGGAAUUGUGGGAAACAAUCAAUCUUUGGUGGUGAACUUCCCUGCCCAGAUAAUGAUUUUGCACGUGAACCGGAGGAAUCAACAAGACAGAAGUUGGUGGAUCUGUGUGGUCCAAAGUGGCAGGAAGGUCCAGUCUGCUGUCUUGAUGAACAGAUCGGUACCCUUGCUACCAACUUGAAGCUCGCCGAAGGCAUUAUUUCAUCUUGUCCUGCCUGCCGGGAAAACUUCUUCAACACAUUCUGCACAUUUACAUGCUCGCCCGAUCAAUCUGUAUUUAUAAACGUAACCCAGACUGCAGAAAAAUCCGGAAAGAAACUUGUGACCGAGUUGGAUAACAUCUGGUCGGAGGAAUAUCAGAGUGGCUUCUUUGACAGUUGCAAGAACGUCAAGAAUGGUGCAUCUGGCGGCAAAGCGAUCGACUUCAUUGGUGGCGGUGCAAAGGACUACACUCACUUCAUGAAAUUUUUGGGCGACAAGAAACUGCUUGGGAGCCCCUUCCAGAUCAACUACCUUACUGAGCCUCGUUCUCCCGAUCAUGAUGGUAUGAAGGCCAAUUCGCUCGAACCCAAAGCUUGCAAUGACCGCGAUGAGAAAUUCCGUUGCUCCUGUGUCGACUGCCCCGAGGUAUGCCCUGAGCUACCUGCUGUGUCCGUUCACAAUGCUUGCCACGUCGGGCUAUUACCAUGCCUAUCAUUUGCAGUGAUUAUUGUCUACUCUACGUUCUUGAUUUUGGUCAUGACCUUUGCGAGCUAUGUCACAUUCAAGGAGCGCCGCUUCCGCAAACCUGAACGAGUGCGCCUUCUUCAAGACCCUACUCCCAGUGAUGAGGAGGAUGAAGGAGAGGUUGUACAUCGCGGGGGAUAUAUGGAGCAGCCCCAAGGCGUGUACAAGCUUAACACCUUGCUAUCGACUCUAUUUUACAAAAUCGGCGGAGCAUGUGCGCGCUUCCCUGCGCUGACAAUCGGUUCAAGCAUCCUAGCGGUCGGAUUGUUGAGCUUAGGUUGGUUGCGAUUUACAGUCGAGACUGACCCAGUUCGCCUUUGGGUGAGCCCAACAUCCGCGGCAGCUCAGGAAAAGGCAUACUUUGAUGAAAAUUUCGGCCCAUUUUACCGAGCUGAACAAGCCUUCCUGGUAAAUGACAAUGGUCCUGUUUUGAGUUACGAGACAUUGUUAUGGUGGUUCGAUGUCGAGUCACGCGUUCGACGCAUGAUUUCUCUAGACGAAGGCUUGAACCUGGACGAUGUUUGCUUCAAACCGAAUGGCGAUGCUUGUGUGGUACAAUCAUUAACUGGAUACUUCGGCGGGUCGGUCUUCAAUCUUGAUCCUGAUGAUUGGCAAGAUAGACUCGUGCACUGCACUGAUUCACCUGGUGAUAUCACCUGUCUUCCUGACUUCCAACAGCCCUUGAAACCAGAAAUGAUUCUCGGUGGAUAUGACGACAGUGGAAAUGUUCUAGACGCCAAGGCCUUGGUUGUUACUUGGGUUGUAAACAACUUUGACCAAGGUACCGAAGGGGAAAAGAGGGCGAUUGACUGGGAAAAUAGUUUCCGCGCCGUGUUUGAUGUUGUCCGAGAGGAAGCGGAAGAGCGCGGCCUGCGGGUUUCUUUCAACGCGGAAGUCAGCUUGGAACAAGAACUCAACAAGUCUACAAAUACAGAUGCCAAAAUCGUUGUUAUCAGCUAUGUGAUCAUGUUUAUCUAUGCUUCUAUGGCCUUGGGGUCUGUGACAGUCACCUGGAAGUCCCUUCUGACCAAUCCCGCCAAUGCUUUGGUACAAUCCAAAUUCACGCUUGGAAUUGCUGGAAUUCUCAUAGUUCUGAUGUCAGUCUCUGCUUCAGUAGGACUAUUCUCAGCUGCGGGUGUCAAGGUAACACUAAUCAUUGCUGAGGUCAUUCCAUUUUUGGUCCUUGCUGUCGGCGUGGACAACAUUUUCUUGAUCGUCCAUGAAUUCGAGCGGGUCAACUUCAGCCACCCAGAUGAUGAGAUUGACGAACGGGUCGCUCGUGCGGUGGGAAGAAUUGGACCUAGCGUUUUCCUGUCUGCUCUGACUGAGACCGUGGCAUUUUCCCUGGGUGCCUUUGUCGGCAUGCCUGCUGUCAAGAACUUCGCCGCAUAUGCUGCCGGGGCUGUCUUCAUAAAUGCCAUUCUUCAAAUGACCAUGUUUGUAUCAGUUCUUGCGCUUAAUCAACGGCGGGUACAAAGCCUUCGCGCAGACUGCUUCCCGUGUAUAACAGUGCGCAAAGCCAACUCUUCUGGACUGUCCGACGAGCAGAUCUACGAUGAGCAGGAAGCCGAGAGUGCUUUGCAGACCUUCAUCCGUCGUGUAUAUGCACCAUUCAUUCUCGACAGACGGGUGAAGGCGGCUGUUGUGAUUAUUUUCCUGGGCUUCUUGACCGCUGGCUUGGCUUUGAUCCCGGGGGUUCCCCUUGGGCUAGAUCAAAGGAUCGCCCUCCCAAGCGACUCAUACCUUAUCUCAUACUUCGACGAUCUCAACGAUUAUUUCCGCACGGGUCCACCUGUAUAUUUCGUGACUCGCAAUCUCAAUAUUACAGAGCGCCACCACCAACAACAACUUUGCGGACGUUUCACAACAUGUGAAGAAUACUCUUUGCCAUUCGUCCUAGAGCAAGAAUCCAAGAGGCCUGAAGUCUCUUAUAUUUCUGGUUCUGCUGCAAGUUGGAUCGAUGACUUUUUCUACUGGUUGAACCCACAGCAGGAUUGCUGUAAGGAAGACGGCAAGCUAUGCUUCGAAGAUCGUGUGCCUCCAUGGAACUUGACUCUUUCCGGAAUGCCGACGGGACAAGAGUUCAUUCAUUAUGCCGAAAAAUGGAUCGAUUCCCCGACCGAAGCGUCUUGUCCUCUUGGUGGGAAAGCACCAUAUAGUACUGCUGUUGUCAUCGACGAUAAACAUACCAUGAUCAACGCCAGUCACUUCCGCACUAGCCAUACCCCUCUCCGAACCCAGGACGACUUCAUUCAGGCGUACAUCGCGGCUCGUCGAAUCGCGGAUGGUAUCUCUGAAGAGCAUGAUAUCGACGUUUUCCCAUACUCGAAGUUCUAUAUCUUCUUCGAUCAAUAUGUAUCAAUUGUCCAGCUGACUGGUACUCUCUUGGGGUCAGCUGUUGCUAUCAUUUUUGCCCUGACCUCAAUCAUACUGGGCUCCGUGGCCACUGGCGCUGUCGUCACAACCACUGUGGUGAUGACAGUGGUGGACAUUAUUGGCACGAUGGCCAUUGCUGGGGUAUCCUUGAAUGCCGUAUCUUUGGUAAAUCUGGUCAUCUGCGUUGGUAUUGGUGUCGAAUUCUGUGCCCAUAUUGCUCGGGCAUUCAUGUUCCCCUCUCGUACGCUGCUGGAAAAGGCGCCCACCAAAUUCCGCGGCAAGGAUGCUCGGGCCUGGACAGCAUUGGUCAACGUUGGUGGAAGCGUCUUCAGUGGAAUCACAGUAACAAAACUGUUGGGUGUAUGCGUCCUUGCCUUCACUCGAAGUAAGAUCUUUGAGAUCUAUUACUUCCGUGUCUGGUUGGCACUGGUCAUUUUUGCUGCCAUCCACGCCCUCAUCUUUCUACCAGUCGCUCUUAGCUACUUUGGUGGCGGAGGAUAUUUUGAUCCGGCCUCUGAUGGUGGCUUAGAGGCCAACCUUGCUUCCCGAGGAUACCGCUCAUUACUAGUUGAUGGCGAUUAUGACGAUUAUGAUUCUGAUGGAUUCUAA